CUCCCGCAUUGGAUCAAUCCUACACUCCACUUCCUUCCUCUGUAUUCUAUAUGUAUAUGAUUACAUGUAAAUCUGUUCAAAAUUACACUAGAAAUCCGACAACUGGCCGAUAAUAUCUUCAUCUAAAAGUAGCACUCGCACAAUCGCUUUCCCGAUCAAGUGCAGGAUAUGGAUCCAGCAAGAGUAAACAUGCGAGUCCGUUCGUCUGGGUCAACACCGUCCGAAGAAUCAGCGCUGGAUUUGGAGAAAGCUUGUUACAGCCAGUCUAAUCUACCUUCUAAUCCGCCAACGCUUCAGCCGUAUGCGUCGGGUGGGCAGCACUCCGAAAGCAACGCUGCGUACUUUUCUUGGCCUACGUCUAGUCGGUUAAGUGAUGCUGCGGAAGAAAGGACGAAUUACUUUGUAAACCUGCAAAAGGGAGUUUUGCCUGAAUCGAUAGGAAGGUUACCUAAAGGGCACCAAGCAACCACUUUGCUUGAACUCAUGACUAUUCGGGCGUCUCAUAGUAAGAUUUUGCGGUGUUACAGUCUUGGUACUGCUAUCGGGUUUAGAAUUCGUAGAGGUGUGUUGACGGAUAUACCCGCGAUUUUAGUGUUUGUUUCCCGUAAAGUGCACAAGCAAUGGCUUAGCCCCAUUCAGUGUCUACCCACUAUUCUCGAGGGACCGGGGAGUGUGUGGUGUGAUGUGGAUGUUGUUGAAUUCUCGUACUUUGGUGCACCUGAACCAACAAGCAAAGAACAGUUGUACACUGAUAUUGUGGACGAUCUACGUGGAAGUGGGUCGUGUAUUGGUUCAGGUUCUCAGGUAGCAAGUCAAGAGACUUUUGGAACAUUGGGUGCUAUCGUUAGAAGCCAAACAGGCAGCCAACAAGUCGGCUUUCUCACAAACCGCCACGUGGCGGUCAAUUUAGACUACCCAAAUCAAAAAAUGUUUCAUCCUUUACCACCAACACUUGGACCGGGGAUAUAUCUUGGUGCGGUCGAGAGAGCUACUUCAUUUAUCACAGAUGACCUUUGGUACGGCAUCUUUGCUGGCAUCAACCCAGAGACGUUUGUGAGAGCGGAUGGGGCGUUCAUCCCGUUCAGUGACGAUUUCGACAUGUCCACUGUGACUACAUCUGUAAAAGACGUUGGAGAAAUCGGAGACGUUAAAAUCAUAGAUUUGCAAUCUCCGAUCGGUAGUCUUAUUGGCAAGAAAGUGAUGAAAGUUGGCAGGAGCUCAGGGUUGACUAAAGGAACGGUCUUGGCUUACGCCCUUGAAUACAACGACGAAAAGGGAAUUUGCUUUUUUACCGAUUUUCUCGUUGUUGGGGAAAAUCAACAAACUUUUGACCUUGAAGGUGAUAGUGGAAGCUUGAUCAUUAUGAAGGGUGAAAACGAGGAGAAACCACGACCCGUUGGGAUCAUAUGGGGUGGGACCGCUAAUCGGGGACGGCUUAAACUUAAAGUUGGUCAACCACCAGAAAACUGGACUAGUGGUGUUGACCUUGGUCGUUUACUUAAUCUUCUUGAACUCGAUCUUAUUACAACAAGUGAUGCGCUAAAAGGUGCGGUGCAAGAACAAAGGGCUGCAUCAGCAACGGUGGCUGUUUCAACCGGUGAGGAUUCUUCACCGCCAGAAAUAGUGCUACCGAAAGACAAAGCGGAGCCAUUAGGACUUCACAUCCACCAACAUAUCCAUUUAGAAAAUGGAUCAGCUAGCGGUGGUGGACCGGAUAUCAACUUGUCUCCUACUGAAAAUGCAGCCCAUCUGGAAGAUGGGCCUAUGGUCGGGCCGAGUAUCGAGCAUCAGUUCAUUCCAAGUUUCAACGGGCACUCUCCGUUGCACAGAAAUGAGCGACGGUGUAGAGCAGAGUCUGAGAAUCUAAGCGCAUUGAAAAGCAGUAGCGAUGAGGAUCUCGGGUUUGACCUUCAUUUGGGCGACAAUGAGCCCAAAAGAAGGCGGUCUGAUCCUUUGUCACCAAGCAUGGAUGAAGAAGCUAAAUGAGGCUAUAUGCUGUAACUAGUAUGUUUUAUGGUAUGUGAGUUAUGAUAAAACAUCAAAACGUGUUACAUAUUAUAAUUAAAAAUAUCUUUUUUAUUUAA